CAGCAGCGUGCAGAGGCCUCCUCACCCCGGUCUCUCUAGCCACGCCAGCCCCCGGCCCUUCCCCCGCCCCGCGCGGGCUGCGAGCGGCGGCGGGUUCCGGGUCCUGUGACCGGUCAGGCGCUGCGGCAGCGCGGCGGGGAGAGCAGCCGGCCUCGAGGAAGUUUCGACGGCCGGCGGGGGCUCCCAGGGCGUCGCGGGGAGGGCGCGGCCGGGCGGGGGCCCCGGCGCGUGGCCCUAGCUUGCCGAGAGCGGCCGGCCGGCUGAGCGAGACCUGGGCGCUCAUGGCGGGCGGCGGAGCUGGGGACCCGGGCCGGGGGGCGGCCGCCGCCACGGUACCCGAGACCCGCGAGCACCUCUUCAAGGUGCUGGUCAUCGGCGAACUUGGCGUGGGCAAGACCAGCAUCAUCAAGCGCUACGUCCACCAGCUCUUCUCCCAGCACUACCGGGCCACCAUCGGGGUGGACUUCGCUCUCAAGGUCCUCAACUGGGACAGCAGGACGCUGGUGCGCCUGCAGCUGUGGGACAUCGCGGGACAGGAACGGUUUGGCAACAUGACCCGAGUAUAUUACAAAGAAGCUGUUGGUGCUUUCGUUGUCUUUGAUAUAUCGAGAGGUUCCACAUUUGAAGCCGUUUUAAAAUGGAAAAAUGAUCUGGAUAGUAAAGUCCAUCUUCCAAACGGCAACCCUAUUCCUGCUGUCCUCUUAGCUAACAAAUGUGACCAGAAAAAAGACAGUGGCCAGAAUACUCCCCAGAUGGACGAGUUUUGCAAAGAACAUGGCUUCACUGGAUGGUUUGAAACCUCUGCAAAGGAUAACAUAAACAUAGAUGAAGCAUCCCGGUUCCUAGUGGAGAACAUUCUUGCCAACCACCAAAGCUUCCCUAAUGAAGAAAACGACGGCAGAAUUAAACUGGAUGAGGAGACCGUGAAAAAAGAGAACAAAUCCCAGUGUUGCUGACUCAGCGUCUGCUUCUCUCCUGCGGAUGCAGCCUGAUUCGGUUGGAAGCAAAUUCCUGAGACGGGAUCAUGGAUGGUGGAUAUGCUGCUCUGUGAAUCUUCAGGGCUGUGCCUUAAAAUAACAAGGAUGGCACCCCUGGGAGCCUGUGAUGAAAGGGGACACUGGUGAAGGAGUCCCGCCAGUGGCUCUGCCUCUUCACUUGUGAACACUUAGGCUUCUGUUGUUGUUGCCAUCAUAUUCAGGAUAAUGUUUAUGUUCUUUUUAACAUCUUUUAAAAUGACAGUUCUUCAGGAUUUGUUAAGACUUGGGAGUUGUGGCUUUCAGUGUGAACACUGGGCUGGUAAUAAACUUUCCCUGCCGCCUCA